AGCUAUUCGGGCCAAGGUUUUUCCAGGGAGGCCAGGUUCAGCCUGUCAUCCUUCCCACAAGUGGUGAGCCAGCGCGGAUGUCGGCCGCAAUGAUACAGAUUGCUCCUGGCGUGGAGUACAACUGUGUUGCGAGGGAGUGGCGCUGCAAAUGGUCGGAUGACAACAAUGCCUCCUCUUUAAAGAUUGCGCAGAAGCUUCUGGACGAGUUUAAGAACGAUAUCCUGAGCGUCACGAGCGACUGGGUCGGCAAGCAGGUGACAUCACGCGAGGUGUUCAAUGGAAAGAUAGAUACAAGCAAGAUGCUUGUGCAGCGUGCUGUAGACCCCGAGCAGCAUGACUUUAAGGUUAUCAUCAAACUUCCCGUCGACAAGUUCGAGGCGUGGGAGAAGAAAGGCUUCGCCCCAGAGGGGAAGUUCUUGAGUGCGCUCGGGGACGUGGAGGGCAUCAGCUGCAUCGAGACGCAAACCUACACCAUCUCGAACGUAAAUCUCAUGGGCAAGAUUCAGGUGCCCAGUGCUGCGAAGGGCUGCAUGCAGGACAGCAUCCCGCAGGCCAACUGAGGGCUCCUCCUGCCGCCCCCGGGGGCGCCGGCACUGCCGUCGCCGGGCGCCCCCCGCGAUAAGCGCACGCCCAGGGGAGCACCGCCGCGCUCGCGCAGUGAACACCGCGGGGGCCCCGCCCCGCUGCCUGCCUCGCCUUCGAGCACCGAGCGCGGGGACACUCCCGACUUAACCCUUGCUGCUCGGGGUCGUGUUCACCCCAGAGUCGGCUGCGGCUCGGGCGCUCGUCUUCUCUUGCGCCGAGCCAGGCUCCGCCUCCUCCGCCUCCGGCCUUGCCCCUGCUUCCGCCUGCUCUCCCCCUGGCCCUCCGCAUCUGGUGGAUCCCAAGGGGCUGGUUUACUGAGAUGGCCUUGGUAGUCCGCGAUUGUGCCACGGCUAGCCAUGGAUUGGCCACCUGCCGUAUCCUUCACCUACUGCCAUCUAAUACAGCCACAGAGAUUCUGAUCGCCUGUCGCGCGACUUGUGAUCGCCCGCUUGCUUCGGCCACCUCGCGUGCCAGGUCGGCACUCGGCGCGGCAUCUGCGCUCGGCCCGUGGUCGGUGAAGAGCUCUUUGCUAUGAGGGCUGAGUGUGCGAUCGUGGGUCGCCAUCGGCGACGCGGAUCCCCAGUCGUUUAGGCUC